AUGCUUAUCCUUCAUGUUUUCUUAUCCCUCGAGCAGAUAUUGAAGUGUGUCCCAAAUCUCUUUAGCGGAUUUGAACAACUUAAUGUGCUCAAAAAGAGAAGGAGGAACACCGAACACCCCAUCAUGCAUGCCUUUAACAUGGAUGUGGAAACAUCAGAACAUGAAACUUGUGAAAAACAACUUUCUCUCAUCCAAAAAAAUGUGAUUUGGCACUUCAAUCUUGGAAAUGGAAUGAAGUGGUGGAUCUUAGCGGAAAUAGAUUCUCUAAGCUUAGUCAUCUACCAAAUGACAAAUAUUAUCGUUGUGAACCAACGAAUACAUGGUGAAGAUGAUGUGCCACAUCCCACUGAAGAUGAUGUAGGUGUGAUCUAG